AGUAUAAAUCUGUUGCGAUUUUUUAUUUGAAUUCAUGUUCUUUCAAGGCAGUUAAACAAUCCCUUCGUUUCCGAGCUCCGGAGUUAUCCGAGCAGACCCGAGCAGACCCGAGCCGCAGUGACCUGUUCGGCGUGUGACGGUGUCUCCAGCAUGGCUGCCUUACUACCGAGCAGAUUAACGCGGUUUAGAGCUGCAAGUCGCCUUUGUUUUCCUCACCUCUGCAGACAUCACUCCAGCCUCACUCAUGAGCUGAUUCACAACAUGGAUAAGAAGGAGACCUGGGACCGCUUCUACACAGAGAACCGAUCCCAAUCCUUCCGGCACUUCGACUGGUUCUUCAGCUACCGGGCCGUGUCUGGGUUCCUGCUGCCCUUCCUGAGUGCUGGAGGUUCCGGGGAUGCUUCUAGACUCGUCCAGGUUCUAGACCUGGGCUGCGGAACGUCAGAUAUCGGGCUGGGUCUGUUUCGAGACUCCCCGGUGCCGGUGCAGGUUCACUGUGCGGACAUCUCUCCCGUCGCCAUAGCGACCAUGCAGAGACAGGUGUCGGAAUGCCGGCUGGAGCCGCGGAAUUCCCGGUCGGAGCUGCGUUUCCUGGAGCUCGACUGCUCUGACCUCUCCGGGUUUGAUUCCCACUCUGUGGACCUGGUUCUGGAUAAAGGCACGACGGACGCUCUGCUGCGGUCCCGGGACGGAGGCGUGAGGGCUUCCCGACUGCUGUGCGAGGCUCUCCAGGUGCUGCGGCGCUCAGGCUCCUUCCUACAGUUUUCCGAUGAGGAUCCAGACGCUCGCAUUCCCUGGCUGGAGAGCGAGAGCGGCGGGGCGGGGCGGGCGAGUGUGAGUGUGCAGGGCCUGGGCACACACAGAGGGGUGUGUUAGCUACAUCCUCACACACAGAGGGGUGUGUUACUACAGCUACAUCCUCACACACAGAGGGGUGUGUUACUACAGCUACAUCCUCACACACAGAGGGGUGUGUUAGCUACAUCCUCACACACAGAGGGGUGUGUUACUACAGCUACAUCCUCACACACAGAGGGGUGUGUUACUACAGCUACAUCCUCACACACAGAGGGGUGUGUUACUACAGCUACAUCCUCACACACAGAGGGGUGUGUUACUACAGCUACAUCCUCACACACAGAGGGGUGUGUUAGCUACAUCCUCACACACAGAGGGGUGUGUUAGCUACAUCCUCACACACAGAGGGGUGUGUUACUACAGCUACAUCCUCACACACAGAGGGGUGUGUUAGCUACAUCCUCACACACAGAGGGGUGUGUUACUACAACUACAUCCUCACACACAGAGGGGUGUGUUAUCUACAUCCUCACACACAGAGGGGUGUGUUACUACAGCUACAUCCUCACACACAGAGGGGUGUGUUAGCUACAUCCUCACACACAGAGGGGUGUGUUAGCUACAUCCUCACACACAGAGGGGUGUGUUACUACAGCUACAUCCUCACACACAGAGGGGUGUGUUAGCUACAUCCUCACACACAGAGGGGUGUGUUACUACAGCUACAUCCUCACACACAGAGGGGUGUGUUAGCUACAUCCUCACACACAGAGGGGUGUGUUACUACAGCUACAUCCUCACACACAGAGGGGUGUGUUAGCUACAUCCUCACACACAGAGGGGUGUGUUAGCUACAGCUACAUCCUCACACACAGAGGGGUGUGUUACUACAGCUACAUCCUCACACACAGAGGGGUGUGUUACUACAGCUACAUCCUCACACACAGAGGGGUGUGUUACUACAGCUACAUCCUCACACACAGAGGGGUGUGUUACUACAGCUACAUCCUCACACACAGAGGGGUGUGUUAGCUACAUCCUCACACACAGAGGGGUGUGUUACUACAUCCUCACACACAGAGGGGUGUGUUAGCUACAUCCUCACACACAGAGGGGUGUGUUAGCUACAUCCUCACACACAGAGGGGUGUGUUAGCUACAUCCUCACACACAGAGGGGUGUGUUACUACAGCUACAUCCUCACACACAGAGGGGUGUGUUAGCUACAUCCUCACACACAGAGGGGUGUGUUAUCUACAUCCUCACACACAGAGGGGUGUGUUAGCUACAUCCUCACACACAGAGGGGUGUGUUACUACAGCUACAUCCUCACACACAGAGGGGUGUGUUACUACAGCUACAUCCUCACACACAGAGGGGUGUGUUAGCUACAUCCUCACACACAGAGGGGUGUGUUAGCUACAUCCUCACACACAGAGGGGUGUGUUAGCUACAUCCUCACACACAGAGGGGUGUGUUACUACAGCUACAUCCUCACACACAGAGGGGUGUGUUACUACAGCUACAUCCUCACACACAGAGGGGUGUGUUACUACAGCUACAUCCUCACACACAGAGGGGUGUGUUAGCUACAUCCUCACACACAGAGGGGUGUGUUACUACAGCUACAUCCUCACACACAGAGGGGUGUGUUAGCUACAUCCUCACACACAGAGGGGUGUGUUAUCUACAUCCUCACACACAGAGGGGUGUGUUAGCUACAUCCUCACACACAGAGGGGUGUGUUAGCUACAUCCUCACACACAGAGGGGUGUGUUAGCUACAUCCUCACACACAGAGGGGUGUGUUAUCUACAUCCUCACACACAGAGGGGGUGUGUUAGCUACAUCCUCACACACAGAGGGGUGUGUUAUCUACAUCCUCACACACAGAGGGGUGUGUUAGCUACAUCCUCACACACAGAGGGGUGUGUUACUACAGCUACAUCCUCACACACAGAGGGGUGUGUUAGCUACAUCCUCACACACAGAGGGGUGUGUUACUACAGCUACAUCCUCACACACAGAGGGGUGUGUUAGCUACAUCCUCACACACAGAGGGGUGUGUUAUCUACAUCCUCACACACAGAGGGGUGUGUUAGCUACAUCCUCACACACAGAGGGGUGUGUUAGCUACAUCCUCACACACAGAGGGGUGUGUUACUACAGCUACAUCCUCACACACAGAGGGGUGUGUUAGCUACAUCCUCACACACAGAGGGGUGUGUUAUCUACAUCCUCACACACAGAGGGGUGUGUUAGCUACAUCCUCACACACAGAGGGGUGUGUUAGCUACAUCCUCACACACAGAGGGGUGUGUUACUACAGCUACAUCCUCACACACAGAGGGGUGUGUUAGCUACAUCCUCACACACAGAGGGGUGUGUUACUACAGCUACAUCCUCACACACAGAGGGGUGUGUUACUACAGCUACAUCCUCACACACAGAGGGGUGUGUUAGCUACAUCCUCACACACAGAGGGGUGUGUUACUACAGCUACAUCCUCACACACAGAGGGGUGUGUUAGCUACAUCCUCACACACAGAGGGGUGUGUUACUACAGCUACAUCCUCACACACAGAGGGGUGUGUUAGCUACAUCCUCACACACAGAGGGGUGUGUUACUACAGCUACAUCCUCACACACAGAGGGGUGUGUUAGCUACAUCCUCACACACAGAGGGGUGUGUUAGCUACAUCCUCACACACAGAGGGGUGUGUUAGCUACAUCCUCACACACAGAGGGGUGUGUUACUACAGCUACAUCCUCACACACAGAGGGGUGUGUUACUACAGCUACAUCCUCACACACAGAGGGGUGUGUUAGCUACAUCCUCACACACAGAGGGGUGUGUUAGCUACAUCCUCACACACAGAGGGGUGUGUUAGCUACAUCCUCACACACAGAGGGGUGUGUUACUACAGCUACAUCCUCACACACAGAGGGGUGUGUUAGCUACAUCCUCACACACAGAGGGGUGUGUUACUACAGCUACAUCCUCACACACAGAGGGGUGUGUUAGCUACAUCCUCACACACAGAGGGGUGUGUUAGCUACAUCCUCACACACAGAGGGGUGUGUUAUCUACAUCCUCACACACAGAGGGGUGUGUUAGCUACAUCCUCACACACAGAGGGGUGUGUUACUACAGCUACAUCCUCACACACAGAGGGGUGUGUUAGCUACAUCCUCACACACAGAGGGGUGUGUUACUACAGCUACAUCCUCACACACAGAGGGGUGUGUUAGCUACAUCCUCACACACAGAGGGGUGUGUUACUACAGCUACAUCCUCACACACAGAGGGGUGUGUUAGCUACAUCCUCACACACAGAGGGGUGUGUUACUACAGCUACAUCCUCACACACAGAGGGGUGUGUUAGCUACAUCCUCACACACAGAGGGGUGUGUUACUACAGCUACAUCCUCACACACAGAGGGGUGUGUUAGCUACAUCCUCACACACAGAGGGGUGUGUUAUCUACAUCCUCACACACAGAGGGGUGUGUUAGCUACAUCCUCACACACAGAGGGGUGUGUUAGCUACAUCCUCACACACAGAGGGGUGUGUUACUACAGCUACAUCCUCACACACAGAGGGGUGUGUUAGCUACAUCCUCACACACAGAGGGGUGUGUUAGCUACAUCCUCACACACAGAGGGGUGUGUUAGCUACAUCCUCACACACAGAGGGGUGUGUUACUACAGCUACAUCCUCACACACAGAGGGGUGUGUUAGCUACAUCCUCACACACAGAGGGGUGUGUUAGCUACAUCCUCACACACAGAGGGGUGUGUUAGCUACAUCCUCACACACAGAGGGGUGUGUUAGCUACAUCCUCACACACAGAGGGGUGUGUUACUACAGCUACAUCCUCACACACAGAGGGGUGUGUUACUACAGCUACAUCCUCACACACAGAGGGGUGUGUUAGCUACAUCCUCACACACAGAGGGGUGUGUUACUACAGCUACAUCCUCACACACAGAGGGGUGUGUUACUACAUCCUCACACACAGAGGGGUGUGUUACUACAGCUACAUCCUCACACACAGAGGGGUGUGUUAUCUACAUCCUCACACACAGAGGGGUGUGUUAGCUACAUCCUCACACACAGAGGGGUGUGUUACUACAGCUACAUCCUCACACACAGAGGGGUGUGUUACUACAGCUACAUCCUCACACACAGAGGGGUGUGUUAGCUACAUCCUCACACACAGAGGGGUGUGUUAGCUACAUCCUCACACACAGAGGGGUGUGUUAGCUACAUCCUCACACACAGAGGGGUGUGUUACUACAGCUACAUCCUCACACAGAGGGGUGUGUUACUACAGCUACAUCCUCACACACAGAGGGGUGUGUUAGCUACAUCCUCACACACAGAGGGGUGUGUUAGCUACAUCCUCACACACAGAGGGGUGUGUUAGCUACAUCCUCACACACAGAGGGGUGUGUUACUACAGCUACAUCCUCACACACAGAGGGGUGUGUUAGCUACAUCCUCACACACAGAGGGGUGUGUUACUACAGCUACAUCCUCACACACAGAGGGGUGUGUUAGCUACAUCCUCACACACAGAGGGGUGUGUUACUACAGCUACAUCCUCACACACAGAGGGGUGUGUUAGCUACAUCCUCACACACAGAGGGGUGUGUUACUACAGCUACAUCCUCACACACAGAGGGGUGUGUUAGCUACAUCCUCACACACAGAGGGGUGUGUUAUCUACAUCCUCACACACAGAGGGGUGUGUUACUACAGCUACAUCCUCACACACAGAGGGGUGUGUUACUACAGCUACAUCCUCACACACAGAGGGGUGUGUUACUACAGCUACAUCCUCACACACAGAGGGGUGUGUUACUACAGCUACAUCCUCACACACAGAGGGGUGUGUUACUACAGCUACAUCCUCACACACAGAGGGGUGUGUUACUACAGCUACAUCCUCACACACAGAGGGGUGUGUUACUACAGCUACAUCCUCACACACAGAGGGGUGUGUUAGCUACAUCCUCACACACAGAGGGGUGUGUUACUACAGCUACAUCCUCACACACAGAGGGGUGUGUUACUACAGCUACAUCCUCACACACAGAGGGGUGUGUUAGCUACAUCCUCACACACAGAGGGGUGUGUUAGCUACAUCCUCACACACAGAGGGGUGUGUUAGCUACAUCCUCACACACAGAGGGGUGUGUUAGCUACAUCCUCACACACAGAGGGGUGUGUUACUACAGCUACAUCCUCACACACAGAGGGGUGUGUUACUACAGCUACAUCCUCACACACAGAGGGGUGUGUUACUACAGCUACAUCCUCACACACAGAGGGGUGUGUUAGCUACAUCCUCACACACAGAGGGGUGUGUUACUACAGCUACAUCCUCACACACAGAGGGGUGUGUUAGCUACAUCCUCACACACAGAGGGGUGUGUUACUACAGCUACAUCCUCACACACAGAGGGGUGUGUUAGCUACAUCCUCACACACAGAGGGGUGUGUUAUCUACAUCCUCACACACAGAGGGGUGUGUUAGCUACAUCCUCACACACAGAGGGGUGUGUUAGCUACAUCCUCACACACAGAGGGGUGUGUUACUACAGCUACAUCCUCACACACAGAGGGGUGUGUUACUACAGCUACAUCCUCACACACAGAGGGGUGUGUUACUACAGCUACAUCCUCACACACAGAGGGGUGUGUUACUACAGCUACAUCCUCACACACAGAGGGGUGUGUUACUACAGCUACAUCCUCACACACAGAGGGGUGUGUUAGCUACAUCCUCACACACAGAGGGGUGUGUUACUACAGCUACAUCCUCACACACAGAGGGGUGUGUUACAAUUCUGAUUAAAACAUCUCCCACGUUUGUGUUUUUAAUUUAAAAUGUAUUUUUAAUGCUUUAUGUUUAAUUUUUUUAAAGGUGAAAGUGAGCUGCAUUGUUCAAAGAUGUUUUUGUUUUCUGUGGUCAGAGUAGUCUGUAGAGAGACUGCGUUUCAGGCCGCUGCAGGGCGCACCAUUGCCUCAAACUAGGUCUCCCGCAGCUGAGGCUCCUUAGAGGAGGCAAGGGAGGCAGAGCCUCCUCAAGUUUUCAUUUUUUUUUAUAGUAUUAUAAUAUAAUUUUCAGUAAAAUACAAUUAUUGGCAAAAAUGUAAGGAAAAAAGUAUUUUAAACUAAACUCUUGAUUCAACUAAAAUCAGUGAGGGUUUUACAUGAGAAUAUUUAUGUGGUAACGAGAGUGAAUUCUUGGGUAUUGGGCUCUGAAGUGCUAAUAGGAUAUUUAUAGAGAUCCCCGGACUGUCGCAGUUCUGUACCUUCAUUGAACCGUCCCAGCUCCUGUGCUUCUCAGUGAGAGACACAAGAAACCUGCUCGCUGUACACUGUAGCUGGUCCAGUCAUUUCUGAUGAGAUUUCGCUUCGAUUGACCUGUUUAGAGUGUUGUAGCCUGUAAAGAACAGCAGAUUAUUUAAAUUAUUCCAUGAAUCACAAACAUUCCAGACACUUGCUGAGUAUAUUUUAUGCAAUUAAAAAAAAAAAAAAAAAAAAAA